AUGCUGGGUGCGCGUGAUACACAAGUUGUUCAGGUUGUGUUGGACGGUAUCUCAAAUAUACUAUCUGCAGCGGUGGAGAAUCGAGAUCAAGUUACGGCGGAAAUCGAAGAAUGCGGCGGCUUAGAUCGCAUUGAGGCUCUGCAAGAACAUCAAAAUGUGGAUAUAUAUCGCUUGGCCUUCGACAUCAUCGAACGCUUUUUCAAUGAUGGGAUGAAUGAUGAAGCCAAUACCACCGCCGGUACAACCGGAGAUGACCGGUGUCAGGAGAAUAAUUUGAUGACAAAUGAUCAAGCGGCUUUCGAGUUCGACGCUGCCCUGGAUAACAAUGCUGAUGCAACGCUUCUUAAUCGUCCCGGCGCAUUCGAUUUUUAA